AUGGGACAACGAAUGCUAUGUCUGUCAUCCUCCCAUACAACUAAGCUAUGGAAAACUCCCGAACAAACUGCUUCCUUAUCACAUGAUCAAGAUGAAAUAACUUCACCCGAGACAAACACAUAUUCUCCAGAUUUCUCCAGUUAUGCUGAUAAUGGCAUUACCAAUAGGCACGUUGAUAAAGAAAUCUGCAGCUACCCGCCAUUUGAAAACCAAACUUUACUGGAAAGUAAUCACGAAGAAGCAAAUAGUCAACAAUAUAUCGAGGCAGAUGCCGGAGAUGGAACUAAAGCUCACGAACAAUAUCUCACGGGAUUCCCAUUAUUCUUGACCAUUUCAUCUUGUAUUAUAUCAUUAUUUCUUGUAGCUUUAGACCAAACCAUUGUUUCCACAAUCUUAACUACUGUAGGGAAUAAAUUCAAUGCAUUUGAAAAAAUUGGUUGGCUUACUUCAGGAUUCAUGUUACCCAUGGCAUGUCUUGUUCCAUCUUAUGGUAAUAUAAGUAUCGCAUUUGGUCGUAAAUGGACAUUAGUUGCUGGGAUUAUAAUAUUUGAAAUAGGUUCAUUGAUUUCUGGUAUAAGCAAUUCCAUGAGCUUAUUGAUUGGUGGUAGAGUCAUUCAAGGUAUUGGAGGUGGAUCUAUUCAAGCUAUAGUUAUGGUUAUAUUAACAGAAGUUGUACCCAUGAAUAGAAGGUCUUUGGUAUUUGCCCUGAUUUCUGUUGUUUAUUCUACAUCUAGUGUUCUUGGUCCUAUAAUUGGUGGUGCAUUGGAGAAGAUAACUUGGCGAUGGUGUUUCUAUAUAAAUCUACCACUUGGAGGAGCAGCAUUGGCUAUUUUAAUGUUUGGUUUCCAUCCUCCAAGACCACAGGGAAAUAUUCGUGAAAAAUUACUGAAAAUUGAUUUUAUUGGGUUUGUUUUGUUGACUUCUGGAUUAGUAUUGGUAUUACUAGCUUUAACAUUUGGUGGUACAAAUUAUUCCUGGAAUUCAGGUUCAAUUAUUGCUUUAUUCACGGUAGGAGGAGGUAUGUUGUUAUUGUUCAUCGUUUGGAAUUUUAGGUAUUCAGCAAACCCUAUUAUUUUGACAGCAUUGAUAGUUGAUUGGAGAGUACUACUGGCUUGUUUAAGUGGAAUGUUUAACUUUGCUUUUUUCAUUAGUAAUUUGACAUAUUUGGCAGUUUAUUUCCAAGUGAUAUUCAAUGCUGGUAGUUUGCAAUCAGGAAUUGAUUUGUUGCCCAUGGUUAUUUCUGUAACAUUAGCUUCUUUGGCAAACAGUUUUUUCAUUGAUUUCACGAAAAAUGUAAAAAUUACCAUGUUAGCAUCUGGAGUAUUAUCACCUUUGGGAUGCGGAUUAUUUUUAUUAUUGAAUGAAGAUUCUUCCAUUGGCAUUCGUAUUGGGCUAUUAAUUAUAAGUGGUAUUUCUAUUGGCUUACAAUUUCAAAGUUCAUUAUUGUCGGCUCAAUUGGCAGUAUCUAAAGAUAUUCCAGGAGCUACUAUUCUAGUAACUGUGUUUCUGGAUUUUGUUAAGAAUUUUGCAUCAACAAUAUCAGUCACAUUGGCACAAUUAAUUUAUCAGACAACAGGUCAAAAAUAUGUCAGUGAAAUGAUGACGAAUUUAUCAGAAGAUUCCCAAGACUAUAAAGAUUUAAACAAAUACACGACAGCAAAGUUUAUUUCUAAUCCAGAAGUCGUACAAGAACUACCUAACCUGGCCAAGAGUUUGGUAUUGAGACAACUCAUGAAGGCACUAAAGAAUGUGUUCUAUUUGGGCCUUGGGUUGGCAAUUCUAUGCUUUAUAACAUCUCUUUUCACCACAAACAAGAGAAUACCCAAAAAUGUAGAAAUCAAGAAGAACGAAGACCAGGAGAGUAAUAAAAACGAACCGAACUAG